AUGGACAUAGAUAGGGGGGCUUCUCCUCUGGGCGGUGUCCCCCGCGUUGGCAAAUAUACCGCAUGGAUGGUCACUAUGCGGAUCAAUGCAGCAAACGGUAUAAUCGCCAUGGUCAUACCUCUGAAGCUCAGCUUGCUGAAGCCCUCGCCUCAAUCAUGUUCCAUCUCCGGAUAUAAGGCUUUAGAUUGGAAUGGUGCGUCACUACCUAUCACCCACACUGGUAAAAUUUUUCCUUCCCCUGAUUUUCACCUGUUCGAUGUUCUGGUUGUUCCUCACCCCACUAAAAAUCUAUUGUCCAUUAGUAAAUUAAUGUCUGAUUUCCCAUUGUCUAUUACAUUUACUAAUGAUUUUUUUACUGUUCGAAAUCGCCAAACGGGAAGGGUGGUGGCAACCUGCAACAACUCCAAACUUCUUGACAGUUUUACUUGCAAGUUCAAUUUUGAGUUCGCUACCAAGGAUUUGGGUUCCCUCGGUUACUUCCUUGGUCUUGAAGCUACCUCCACCACUGAUUGUCUUCUUAUUAGUCAGCUGAAAUAUGCACGGGACAUUCUUACAUGUGCUCAGUUACUUGAUAGCAAAUUAGUCCACACCCCAAUGGUUGUUUCCCAGCACCUGUCCGUUGAUGGUUCUUUGUUUUCGAAUAUCAUGCUUUAUAGAUCUCUUGUUGGUGCUCUUCAAUAUUUGACUAUCACACAUCCCGAUAUUGCUCAUGUUGUCAACUCUGUCAGUCAAUUUCUUCACUCUCUAACUGAAGAUCAUUUCCUUGAUGUCAAACGUAUUCUUCACUAUAUUAAGGGCACACUACAUUUUGGCCUCAUUUUUCAUCCAUCUACUGCUCUUGGUGCUUUACUUGCUUACUCUGAUGCAUACUGGGUAGGAUGCCCUGAUACUCAUCAUUCUGCCUCUAGUUAUUGUAUUUAUCUUGGCAACAAUUUAGUGUCUUGGAAUGCAAAGAAACAGCCUACUCUUUUUCGCUCCAAUACAUUGUGA